AUGUACUCCUGUUUUGUUGUUGCAGUUGAACAGGAUCAGCUGAAGAUCGCUGAAGUUGGAGACAGCAUUGAUCUGUCGUGCUUCAGUACAAGAGAUAUGAAAACUACCAUUGUGUGGAUGAAACAAAACCCUGGAGAAAAACCUGUUCAAAUCGCUACAUCAUAUCAGCAUCAAGCUGGAACAUUUUAUAAUGGCUUUGAUCAUAGCGGCCGCUUCAAAACACAAGCAGGACCUGGCAGUUUUAAUUUGACCAUCUCCAGUUUAGAGCCAUCAGACACAGCAACGUAUUACUGCGCUAACAUAUUCAUAUAUGAUAUCACCUUUGGAGAAGGAACUGUUCUUGUUGUAAAAGACGCAUCACUGACAAAGCACACAGUUCACCAGCUGCCUGUGUUUGAGGCCGUUCAACCAGGAGACUCUGUUACUCUCCAGUGUUCAGUAGAGUCUCUCACUCCAGACUGCUCAGGAGAUCACCGUGUGUACUGGUUCAGACAUGGAUCAGGAGAAUCUCAUCCAGGAAUCAUUUACACUCAUGGAAACAGGAGUGAUGAGUGUGAGAAAAGCUCUGAGACUGAUUCUCCUCCACAGAGCUGCGUCUACAAACUCCCCAAGAGAAACCUCAGCCUCUCUGAUGCUGGAACUUACUACUGUGCUGUGGCUGCAUGUGGACAGAUACUGUUUGGCAAUGGAACUGAUCUAAAUAUCAAAGGCAAAGUCUAA